GCGACGAUUAAGCGCCAAGUGAAAAGCCAAGACGCGGCACCGGCUGCCGCAGACCCCGGCGCGCUGUUCGGGCGUGUCGAUGUGAGUAGCCAGAUCACCAAGGAGCUGCUGGAAGACAUGAAGAACGAGAAGGACAAGGUGGCGUGGAAGAAGCGCGCAGAGGCCAUGGAUAGCGUCCAAGCCAUCUGUGAAGGCGCCGGCUGCGCGAUUGAGUUCACGAGGCCUGUGCAAGAAGCUCUCCGCCAGCUCAAGGCUCGUCUGAACGACUCGAAUGCCAACUUGAAGGUGAAGGCUGCGAACGUCAUUGGAGUCGUGGCCGCGAGUGUCGGGCCGGACAUCGCCAAGAUGUCGAAGGUUCUGGGCGCGAGUCUGGUCGCCGGUGUGGCCGACAACAAGAAGACGAUGCAAGCUGCGGCUGUGCAGGCUCUCCACAAGUGGGUUCGACAUAACAACGAGACGUCAAGCGUGUGUGUGGAGAGUCUACUGGCUCCGUUAUCGGAAGGUCUUUCGAACACUGUGGGCAGAGCUGAGCUGCUCGGAUGGGCUGUAGAGCACCUGCAGAAGUGCGAAAAACUGGAUCUGAGCUGUCUGGUGGCUCCCACGGUGCAGUGCAUGAUGGACAAGUCGUCCGAGGCGCGUGAGAAGGCGCAGCUUGUGCUGAUUGAAGUCAUGAAGUCGGUGGGCAAGGACGUGGUGUUUACGACCGGGUGUCGGGAUAUUAAGCCAGCGGCCAUGCGCGCUCUCAAGCCUUUGCUGCAGAAAGUAAGCGACACAGUUGACACCAGUGGAGGUUCGAGCUUAUCUGCUACGGUGUCUGUCCCAGCACCUUCUGUAGCGCCUCCUGUAGCCAGUGGGCUGGAGCGUGGUGGGCUUAAGAGAAGAGCGAGUGUAGCGGCGGGCAGUACCCCCGUCAAGUCGCGUCUUACGCGUCCCAGCUCGCUUCGUGCUCCUCCGGCAGCAGCUUCGCUAGCACCGGAGACCUCGACGAAGACGGCGCCGUUGCUGAAGAUGACUUCGAACAAGCCGGCGAGACUGUCCAAGGGCCAAUACAACAAGUGGAUCUUCGAGACGACGUCAACAAGUGAGAUGAACGCGCGCAAGAGUGAGAUCGAGGGCCGAGUGGAAGCCUUUUUUUUGUCUCCCAGAGUUUACACGCCCAAGUUGGUCGCGCCUUCCCUGGAGAAUGGGGAUGCCUCGCUGCCAUGGGACGAAACUGACCCCUGUGUGUUUGUCCAUCAGUCCAGACAAAAGUGA